AUGUCUUCUGGAGGUCUUCUUCUCCUGCUGGGACUCCUCAGCCUCUGGGCAGAGCUGACCCCUGUCUCCGGCAAGGGCCGUCCAGAAUGUUGUUAUCUUCCUGCUGAUCCUGGACACUGUUUACGCAAAGUGCCUCGCUUCUAUUACCACUCGGCUUCAAACACAUGCAAACAGUUUACUUACGGUGGAUGCGGUGGGAAUGCCAACAAUUUUGAAACCAUGCGUGAUUGUCAGAAGACCUGUAUUGGUAAGUAG